AUGUUUGCAAACAAUAGCCAGUACCAAACUAACCUCAACACCUUCUUCCAGUACCUAACCUCUAACUCCGUUUCCUCCCUGAACGGCUUUUAUCACACCACAGCGGGGAGCACCACGUCCGAUACUGUCUACGGCUUAUUCCUCUGCCGUGGUGACCAAAAUGUCACCUCGUGCAGUGAUUGUGUUACUAUAGCGACUACUACAGACCUACCAGCAUACUGCCCCAGCCAGAAGGUAGCAGUAAUAUGGUAUGACAAAUGUAUGGUAAGGUACUCCAACGAGCCUAUGAUCGGAAUAACAUCUUUAGAUCCGGAUGGACCGGAGUUGUCAGUAUCCAACGACCGGAAUUUAACAGGAAAUGAAACUCGUUUCGAAGAAAUAUUAGGAAAUACUAUGGUAGAAAUAUUAAUCGAAACUGCAAAAGGAGAUGGGAAAAAUAAUGGGACAAAAGCGGUGAAAAUUAGUGAUUCCGAAACUUUGUACGCGUUGGUGCAGUGCACACCAGAUUUAAGUGCUGAUUCUUGUUACACUUGUUUAUCGAUUACCAACUCCAAUCUUAAAUAUCAAACUGAUGGUAGUUAUAUACUGCCUACCUGCAAUUCUAGGUAUUCAACGUCGCCUUUCUUCAAUUACUCAAAGGACGACAUCUCUGUCCCCGCCAAAAAAAUCUAG